AUGAUUAGCAUCCCUGAGGCACAGGACAUCGUCCUGAGCCACACGCUGCCGCUUGGGGCGGUAACAGUGCACCUCUCGGACGCUCUCGGACGCGUGCUGGCGGAGGAUGUUCACGCGCCCGAUUCCCUCCCUCCGUUCCCCGCCUCUAUCAAGGACGGCUACGCGGUGGUUUCCUCGGACGGUGUUGGCGAGUACCCGGUCAUUGGCGAGUCGAGAGCCGGCCAACUGGACGAGCUACCCGUACGGCCCGGAACCGUGGCGUACAUCACCACCGGCGCUCCGGUGCCGCCCGGCGCGGAUGCAGUGGUGCAAGUGGAGGACACGGAGGUGGCGCCGCAGGGGCCGGACGGUGUGCGGCGCGUGCGCAUCAACAAGGCUGCCAAGGCAGGACAGGACAUCCGGCCUGUCGGGUCUGAUAUAGCGGAGGGCGACAUCGUGCUGCGGGCGGGGGAGCUGGUUGGGGUGGCGGAGGUGGGCAUCCUCGCCACUGUCGGUGCCGUACAGCUGAAGGUGCAUGCUAAACCUAAAGUGGCGGUUCUAUCUACAGGGGACGAGGUCGUGGACCCGGCCACUCGCCCCCUGGGCCCCGGACAGAUCCGCGAUGCCAACCGGGCCAUGCUGCUGGCUGCUGCUGCACGCGGCGGUGGCGGUGGCGGUGGCGGUGGGGGGGGUGCUGAGGUGUUGGACCUAGGGGUGGCUCGCGACACGGAGGGGCACCUGGAGGGCUGUGUGGCGGCGGCCAUCGAGCGGCGGGUGGAUGUGCUGAUUACCUCGGGCGGCGUCUCCAUGGGGGACCGCGACCUGGUAAAGCCGCUGCUGGCUCGUCAGGGCACCAUCCACUUUGGCCGCGUGCGCAUGAAGCCGGGCAAGCCGCUCACGUUCGCCACCUUGGAAAUCGCCGAACAGGGCGGCCGGCAGAUGCUCGUGUUCGGGCUGCCGGGCAACCCCGUCAGCAGCUUCGUGUGUUUCAAUCUUGUCGUACUCCCGGCGAUUCGCAAGAUGGCUGGCUGGGCGGCACCCGAGCUCCGCCGGGUGGCGGCGCGACUCACCCGCGACAUCCCGCAGGACCCGGAGCGACCCGAAUACCACCGGGCGACGUUGAGCUGGGGCCCCACGCCGCCCGGCCUCGCCAGCCCCACCAACACCAACACCAACACCAACACCGACACCAACACCAACACUACCCCCAAUAUCGUAAGCGGUGAAGCGGCAUCUCAGCAGCAGCAGCAGCAGCAGCCGGCUCCUCUGGACGCCUGUGAGCUGUGGGCGCACAGCACCGGUAAUCAGAUCAGCAGCCGGCUGUUGUCGGCGAGGUCGGCCAAUGCGCUGCUUGAAAUACCCUGUGCGGCGGGGGUGCUGCGCGCGGGGACGCUGGUUUCGGCGCUGCUGAUUGACGACCUGGGGAGCAUGCCGGUGCCUGUGGCUGAGGGCGGUGUGGCGGUGGUGCCUACUACGCCGGGGUUUUAG